AUGUCGCUCCUCAAAAUACCUCUAGUUCUCUCAUCAGCCAUCGCAGUCCAGGUAGCAGUCACACCUCCUCAUUCUGCAUCCACCGAGGAGUUAUGUCCUCCGACUCGGACUCUUCUCUCAUCUUAUAUUCGUAAAAUAAAAUAUCCCUCGCAAACGAUAUCCGGGCUGUACUGGGUGGGGACAGUGGCAGAAAUAGCUGCUAUUAUAGCUCGUCGCGUUGAUUCUUCAAAAUUACCACCAGUUUUACGGGCGGCAUCCAAAGUUUUGAGCACUCUCACAGACGUCCCUAUCACUCCUUCUUUUCUUGUGGGUUGUGGUCUCGUGACUAGCGGUGGAUUCGUCCGCUGGCUAUGUUACCGAACCCUCGGUCGCUAUUUUACGUUUCUGCUCAGCGUACGCCAGGAUCAUCGCCUUAUCACCACCGGGCCUUACGCGGUCGUCCGCCAUCCUUCUUACACAGGAAUAAUGAUGAUGUGCUUCGGAAUCAUCAUUCUGCAUGGCUCUCCCAACUCAUGGUUAAGGGCCUCCGGUGUAUCAGCGAGAAUCCCUGGGGUGUUACCGGUUAUCAUUGCUGGAACUUCCCUGUGCACAGCGGUGAAUUUUGCAUUGUUCUUAAGAAUGAAGAGAGAAGAUAGGAUGAUGCAUUCCGCAUUCGGAGAAGAAUGGGAGGCGUGGGCGAGAAAGGUGAAGUAUUGUAUCAUACCUGGUGUGUACUGA